AAUCUCUCUCUCACGUCUUCUUCUGUGUCUGUCUGCGUGCAUGCAACCCCCGAAAGAGCUCCUCCAAUGAAGCAGACCAGAGCACGCCAACCCACCACCCAUGCCGUCAAUCCCCACUCCUUUCUAUGACGAAACGACCCUUCUCCUCCCUUACCACCGCCACCUUCAUCAUCAUCACCGCCACCAUCCUCUUCGUCGUUAUACCACCACCAGCUCAUGCCUUCGGUUCCGGCUCCACCCUUGCCGUUAUCUCCGCCUCCGGCACCGUCUGCGGUGUCGUGUCAGACCAACCGCGGCAGCGCAUCGUCUGCUACCGCCGCGGACAAAUCAUCGCAGUCCAGCCCAACAUCUCCUUCUCCGCCAUCUCCGGCGGACGGACCUCUCUCUGCGGCCUCCGCUCUGGCGGAUACAGCCUCCUCUGCUGGGACGACAUCGCCUCACAAAACUACACCUUCCAAUCCAAACGUCUUUACUUCAACAGAACCGUUACGUUGGAAAAUCUCUCAGUCGGCGACGACCAUAUCUGCGCCAGAACCGUCGUCACAGGCACCAUAAAAUGCUGGCGGGUCGACGACGUGUCCGAAUUGCCAUCUGGGUCGGAUCAAUUCUCCUCGAUUUCAUCGGGGUCGGGUUUCUCUUGCGGAAUUUCCAAAACCACCCUCCGGGUUCAAUGCUGGGGCAGAGCAACUUCAAUGGCGGAAGAAAUACAAACCGGGUUCGGAAACAUGACAAUGGCGACCAUCACAGCCGGCGGCUCGCACGUGUGCGGGAUCAACACCACCGGGCUUAUAGUCUGCCGGGGAAGCAAUGGCGCCGGCCAAUGGAACGUCCCUUCCGGCUCGCCUUUCGAGUUCUCUGCUCUGUCCCUCGGAGUAAACCACAGCUGCGCAAUCAGAACUUCAAAUCAAACUGUCAUCUGUUGGGGAGGAGGAGGCCAAUUUGCAAUUAACCAAACAAAUGGGGUGUCUUUUGAAGUAAUUGCUUCUGGGUCGGAUUUCGUUUGUGGAUUAACCACCAGGAAUUUUUCGAUUGUUUGUUGGGGUCCGGGCUGGCCCAAUCUCUCCGGUUUGAAAUCAGGGGAGGAGCUCGAAUUGCCCGAAAUUCUUCCCGGUUCUUGUGUCAAUUCCUCCUGCGGUGAAUGUGGAAUUUACCCUCAGUCCCAAAGGCUCUGUUUUGGUACAGAUAACAUUUGCAAGCCCUGUUUGCCUCAAAUUUCAUUGCCACCACCAGCAUUUCCAUCGCCGCCACCUCCGCAGCCACCUCCACCGCCACCUCCACCGCCACUGGCGUCAAGGCCGCGGCCCGCGGCAUUGACGACGGGUUUAUUGGUGUUUGCCAUUGUGGGUUGUGUCGGAGCUUUUGCAGGUAUUUGUACUGUUAUUUAUUGUUCGUGGACCGGCGGUUGUUUUGGGGACAACAAGAUUCACAAUUCAGUUCAGCCGACAAUUACUAGAGAUGCUAGCUCAAACAAUGGUAAUGGGAUAACGUCAAACAAUAGUCCCCCGUCGAGAUCCUCCACCAUCCGCCGCCAGGGCUCGAGGAUCAUGAGGCGGCAGAGGAGCGGAACAUCCUCGAAGCACGCAGACAGGGCGGAGGAGUUUUCCCUGUCCGAGCUCGCGGCUGCCACCAAUGACUUCUCAAUGGAGAACAAGAUUGGCGCCGGUAGCUUCGGAGUUGUAUAUAGAGGCAAACUGCCUGACGGCCGGGAAGUUGCGAUCAAGAGAGGCGAAACCGCCUCGAAGAUGAAGAAGUAUCAGGAGAAGGAGAGCGCAUUCGAUUCGGAACUUGCGUUCUUGUCGAGAGUUCAUCACAAGCAUCUCGUGAGGCUUGUCGGAUAUUGCCAAGAGAGGGACGAGAGGCUUUUGGUGUACGAGCACAUGAAAAACGGUGCACUUUAUGAUCACUUGCAUGACAAGAACAAUGUGGAGAGAAGCAGUAGUUUGUUAAAUUCGUGGAAAAUGAGGAUCAAGGUUGCAUUGGAUGCCUCUAGAGGCAUUGAGUAUCUGCACAAUUAUGCCGUGCCGCCUAUCAUUCAUCGAGAUAUAAAGUCAUCAAACAUCUUGCUCGACGCGAAUUGGACCGCGAGGGUGUCUGAUUUUGGGUUGUCGUUGAUGGGGCCGGAGUCAGAGGUGGAUUUUAGGCCAACGAAUGCGGCAGGGACUGUUGGCUACAUUGAUCCGGAGUACUACGGACUCAACUUGUUGACCGCAAAGAGUGAUGUCUAUGGACUCGGCGUGGUGCUAUUGGAGCUUCUGACGGGGAAGAGGGCAAUAUUUAAGGAUGUGGAGGAUGGGGGGACGCCUAUAAGCGUGGUGGAUUUUGCAGUGCCGGCGAUUACGAAAGGGGAGUUGGUGAGGCUUUUGGACAAGAGGGUUGGGCCGCCGGAAGUGAAUGAAUCGGAAGCGGUUGAGCUGGUGGCAUAUACAGCAAUGCAUUGUGUGAGUUUGGAAGGGAAAGAUAGGCCGACGAUGGCGGACAUUGUGGCGAACUUGGAGAGGGCGUAUGCUCUCUGCGAUGAAAGCCCUGGCAGCAUCUCAAGUGGUGCAAUCUCCAUUGUCUCAGCAGAGUAGUAAAAUGUGCUUCCUUCCCGUUAAAGAAAGAAUAGAAAAGAAAAGUUGAAUUAUUUCUUCAAUUUUUGUCAAAUUUUUGGGGAUAAAUUGGAUGGAUUUAAAUAAAAGAUUUACCAUUGGGGGUGUAAAAAGACUAAAGAUUUAGGGGUUUCCAUCUAACCUUGCUGUAGUGUAACAUUUUGUAAACGCCAAAAGCUAGAAAUAUACAGCCUUUGCUUGCAA